GUACAAGCAGUAUUAGUGACUGGUACGAUUCAUGGCACUUCUUCCUUGCAGUCCAUAAAAUUGGAAUUAUUCAGUUUGUUCGCCAUCCAACAGAUGAAGGCUGGUACUGUCCUAGUUUGGAAAGCAAUUCCACAAUCAGCGUUGGCAAAUGGUUUUACAUUGCUGUUACAUGUGAUCAGUCAGGAGGUGUUAGCAAACUUUACAUUGACGUUAAGGAAAACAAUACUCUUGCUAUUGACAAAAGUAGAAGGUGGCAACGUCCAACGAGAGACACUUACCAGAUAGGUGAUGAUGGCCAUACAAAUGAACACCAGUUUCUUGGCUCAGUCAUGGAUUUGUACAUCAUCGAUGGUGUUUUAACUGGCGAACAAAUAAAUCAACUCAGAGGAUUUCUUGAACUCACUCCAAGCUUCCAGAACAACACGUUCGUGUUUACGAAUGAGACAGUGAAAUGUCAAGCCAAAGGUUCACCCACUCCAUACGUGGCCUGGGUACGCUCAGGGGUAGUGCUAGUAAACAAGACAUCUACUGCAGAGAUCACUAUCACUGAGAAUAAUGGAGAGUACGUGUGUGUUUCUUCCAACCGAGAAGGAACAAAGAACAUGACCCUCAAGGCAAAAGCUCCUCUUCAUCUUUGCCAUGACUACCGCAUCAUCACUGACGUGUCCAGGGCUGUCAACCAUAUCUACCACUCAUCUCAAGUCAAUAAUGAUAACACAAAUAUUGACCUUAGUAAGUGGUAUCGUAUCCAGAGCCCAGCUGGUAAUCAGUUACCAACCACGUGUGUCCCACAGAACAGGUGUGGUACCCAGGCCCCUGGAUGGUUGAACGGAGCACAUCCAAGCAUCCAAGAUGGAAUCGUCAAGAGAACUGUCUGCUUUCACUUCAACGGUGACUGCUGUUAUCAGAGCACCACGGUACACAUCAGAAAAUGUUUUGGAUAUUACGUGUACAAGAUCAGCGGUGUACGUAAGGCAUUACCUGGUCGAUACUGCAUUGAAAACGGAAGGCACAACAGAGCAGAUCAACCCGAUACAAUUUUUCAAGAAGGCGAAGAGGGCGAGGGCAGCAGAAUUAUCGGUCACGUGAUGUACACGGAAGCAUAUGUCCCGGAUGUUUUCACCUGCAUGAAUUACUGUCAGUUGUAUAAUGGUUGUAAGUCAUUUAACUUUAGCAGAGAGAAAAAGAUCUGUGAGUUGAACAACGCCACAGGACGGGAACACCAUGAUGGCUUUCACAAGAAAAGUUCAUUCGUUUACUACGAGAAAAUGAGGUUGCUAACGGUUAACGAUGUUUAUUAAUCAUUUGUAACAAGACGAAAUUAUCAAAAGACGAUCCUGGGUAGCCACUUGAAUUGGUAAGAAAGUGAGUUUAAAGUUGUGUUAUACCAAGCCGUAUCAACUGCACACUACGAAAGGUUUAGGAACACUGAGCAUGUCUGGGAAAUUAUCGGGAACAUGGAGAAUGCGGCAACUACUAAACGUACAACAUUCUUAGACUAGACCGUGCCAAUAGUAACAUCAUUUCAAAGAAGUUUAGUGCUUUUAAAAGUGCUACCGUAGCUACCCUUUUAUUUAGCUAAGUUUUUCGCCAUGUUUUUCUGACUGUGCAAUACUAACAAACUUUUCCCAAAUAAAAUUGUCGUUCGCGUGAUCAUCAACUCCAUAUCCAUAUUUGUUUCCAUGUUAAAAAAAAUAGUUUGAGUUACAGGGUCAAUAUAAUUGGCCCAUCCAAGGGACUCAAUGUAGUCAUUACAUUUUUUCUGAUUUUAAGGGCGCAAAUAUAAAUAUAUAAUAUAAAUAUAACUAUAAUCUUUACUAAUCUUGUUACAUUGUCUUGCUUGCUGGAUGGCCGAUAUAGAUUAUUAGAUAGAUUAGAUUAUUUCAGUACAUGAUUUGGUGGUGAAUACAGCUGAGUGAGACCCUUAGUUAGCUUAGCAAAAUCAGCGGUAUUUAUCAACAAAGCAUGUACUAAAAUAAUCUAACCAAACCAGGAAUUGAUGGACAAUACACGUCACUGAAUAAAAGAAUCGCAAUAUAACAAAUGAAUCAUUACUGAGAACGAGCUAACCUAACGAGGUAACAAACUAACGAAAGAACAAGAGCGACAAAUAACAGAUAAAAACAGGACAAAGCAAAAUGUCAAGAAAAGAAAAAAAAUAAACGAACACAAACAAACAAAACAGUUGAUAAUAAAAUACACUUUGCUACAACAUUUAAAUAUAUUUACACUAUCUUAGCACUGGGUUGUAAUAAACAAAAGUGAAAACUAGUUACUAUCUUA